CGGUUUCUGCCGUCAAUCUGCUGUCAGAGCCUGUUAGCAGGCUCUGCUGGCAGAUCACUAUCCUAAUGCGGACAUAACGGAUGCCAAUUUGCUAUCAACUUCUUCAGUAAUCCGUUGCCAACCUGCUGGCAGAUUGCACACAUUUUGCUUACUGGGUAUCUAAUACAAAAUACAAAAAAGGCAUUUAGCGCUAAAUGCGGAAUACAAGUACGAUAUUACCAAACAAGCGUAGUAAAGUUUGCAGUUGUCGCACGCGCAAAGUACUUUUGAGUCCUAGUGACAUCGUCGUACAAUGUACAGUCUGUUUAUAAGCGACUGCUGGAGAACAGAGAAACAUUCAAAUACUCGAAUCCAUCGACGUUAAGUUCGCGUUAGUUUUGCGUUUCGAGAUUACUAAUCACUCGUUUCACAAAAUAUGCGACAUGGAAUUAGAUUCCGUAAAGAGAGAGAGAGAGCGAGCGAGCGAAUAAAAUACGUCGAACCAGCGAGUGCUUAGAAUGAAUAUGAAUCAAUAUACAUCUUUUCUUAUAAUACGUAAUUGAACACGUAUAGAGCACAUCAUUGAGUUUUAUAAUUUUAUGUGCCACAGAGGAGUAUCCAUGGACAGAGAGCAGAAAGGAGGUCUGAGAGACAUCAUGCAACGGCGGGACAACCGUGGAAUACACCUUCGAAACGCUACAAGAAUCAGCGCAGUACUUGUUGGAUCGCACCAACCUGAGACCGAAGAUAGGAAUUAUAUGCGGCUCGGGAAUGGGAUCAUAUGAGCAAAACGAGUUGUGUCCAGGUUCAAUCGCGGAAUCUCUCGUGGACAAGCAAUGCUUCCCUUAUGAAGAAAUCCCACAUUUCCCGAUAUCCACGGUAAAGGGUCACACUGGCCAAAUGGUUUUCGGUUAUCUGCAGGGUGUACCAAUCAUGUGCAUGCAGGGCAGAUUUCAUUAUUACGAAGGCUACCCCCUCUGGAAGUGCUCCAUGCCGGUGAGAGUGAUGAAGUUGGUGGGCGUGACGCACCUGAUCACCACAAAUGCGGCCGGCGGUCUAAAUCCCACUUACAAAGUUGGUGAUAUCAUGAUCAUGAAGGAUCACGUGAACAUGAUGGGUUUUGCCGGCAACAACCCGCUUCAGGGACCAAAUGAUGACAGAUUCGGUCCUCGAUUUCCACCCAUGAACAAAGCCUAUAGUGCCAUUCUGAUGGAAAUCGGCAGACAAGUGGCCAAAGAGAUGGGUGUCAGUGACAUUGUGCACAAGGGAGUUUAUACGUGUUUGGGUGGGCCCAAUUUCGAGACUGUAGCGGAGCUGAAAAUGUUGAGGAUGGUUGGCGUCGAUGCAGUCGGCAUGUCCACGGUUCACGAGGUAAUUACUGCCCGGCAUUGCGAUCUUACCGUAUUCGCGUUCAGUCUGAUUACCAACCAAUGCGUUACCGAUUAUGAAGAUCACGGUGAAGCAAACCACGAGGAGGUGAUGGACGUCGGCAAGGCGCGGCAACCGAUUCUUCAAGACUUCGUGUCCAGAAUCGUGAUGCGCCUCAGGGAUAUGGAAACAAAAUGAUUUAAUUGAGACUUUCUCUGACGAUCAGGGCAGCAUUCGCGAAGCAAUACUACCUGAGAGACAUAAAAUCGUUGAUUUGUUCAUUACAGUUUUUAUAUAUUCGUUUCUGAACAAAGCUUAGGAAAAUUCGUUCGUAGGAAUUUAAAAAUCGAUGACGCAGAAUUUACGUUUCAGUAUCGUUUCUAAAUAUAUACUUUCAUUAUGUUUUCAUUGAUCCUUCUUUUUAAUAACCGAGUAUUAGGGGCAAAGCAUAUAAUUGACGUAGAUUGAUUGACAGCUGAGUCCCGAAUCCUCGUUAUUCCAUCGCAGUGUUUUACUUAUUUACUUGGCGCCUAGGUUCUACUUAUCUGAAUUCGAUUCAGAUCUCAAUUGAUUCGUUACACAUCUUAAGGAGCCUCGUUGAGAAAGGAGAUGAAGAGAAGUGGGAAGGGAUGGACUUAAAGAUGGAGAGUUAGUCGAAGCUUCUUCUCGAUUUUCCACCCUCGUUUCGUUACCUUCAUCUCGUUUCCGCGCUCUUCCAUCGCUAAUGCAUCAUCGUUCGCCUCUGAUAAAUCUAGGGGCUUGAAGACCAUACGGCGCGGCGUAGGAAUGCCGAAUUAAAUUAUGAUUCGACGAGCGAAAAAUUGUGCGGCUGUGAACCCGAUUGCCGGAAGUAUCUUUUUGCUGAAUCUUUGCUGUCUUGAAUUGCAAAACCGUUUUUGUAUUUUUAAACAAAUCAAUCAAUCAAAAAUCAAUUGUUUUAGGAGAUUAUUCUAUAAUCGUUUUAUUUUUCAGGAAAUGUAUAAAAAUUAUUAAGUUGUUUCAUAAAAUUUUUUACAUUGCGGAUUUAUACAGUUGAGUAUGAAAUGCGAACAAGAUGAAGAAAUAUCGAAAAGUAAUUAUAAAAGAUUUAUUUGUAAUUCCAAUUAUACAUAUAAUAGUAUUUAGUAUCAUUUACCAUUUCUUUACUACAAUAUACAUAUAUAUAAAAUUUAUUUAUCACAUACAAUAAUAAAAUAAACAUAUGGUAUUAAAGAAUAUAAUGCACGUAUACUGUAGUGUUAAUAAUUAUUUAAAUAUUAAGGAUGAAUUUUUAUGUAUAUUGUACAAUAUAUUUAUAAAAAUACGCUUUUACUUUAUACAAUAACUUUAUCUGCAAUUACAGUUUUAACCAGAAUUAUAUUUCCUGAAAUUAUUCGGCAAAGAAACUAUAGUUAAAUAUUUUAUUUUCGACAUUGAAUGUUAUGUGCUGCGCAAAUUAAAAACAACUAGAAGAUACUAUAUAUAUCGCAGAGCUUAUUAAUAUGUUUAUUACAAGUGAUAAACUUCAUAUAAAUUCUGUUGAAAGAAAUGGUAAAGUUAAUAAUGAACAAUAACAGAAAAA